AUGGCAACCGCAGAGGCAUCUGACUCUGACAAGGUUAGAGAUAUGCUGUUGAAAGAAAAGUCGCUCUCGUCCGAAAAGUAUCGUGAUCCGUCUGCACGCUUUGAAGCCGAUGUCGAACUUGAUGCAUACAAAUUUCUUGGUGCGUAUCUAGGCUCACUCACUCCCCUCCAGUUUGCUAUUUUACUUGGCCACGACUCAAUUGCACGCGAUAUCAUUGAACGGUCAUUCAAGGAUGAUCUGGAUGAUACAUUUGGUGGUGGAAAUACUGCACUACAUCUCGCAACGUUUCUCGGAGCCAAGGAAAUAGUAAAGCUUUUAUUGGAGCGGGGAGCUAAUCGCACUAUCAAAAACUCAAAGGGAUUUGCUCCCGUAGAUGUACUGGACGACGCUGACAUGAGAAAACUGUUUGAAUGA